GUCAUCGGCGGCGUCUCCGCCCACCUCUUCGCCGUCUUCCAAGGCCUCCUCAAGGUCCUCGCGGGCAUCGAAACCAACUUCACCGUCACCUCCAAAUCCUCCGACGACUCCGAUUUCGGCGAACUCUACCUCUUCAAGUGGACCACUCUCCUCAUCCCCCCCACCACUCUCCUCAUCAUCAACAUGGUCGGCCUCGUCGCCGGAGUUUCCGACGCCAUCAACAACGGCUACGGCUCUUGGGGUCCCUUGUUCGGGAAGUUGUUCUUCGCCUUUUGGGUCAUUCUGCAUCUCUAUCCUUUCCUGAAGGGAUUGAUGGGGAGGCAGAACAGGACGCCGACGAUUGUCGUGCUGUGGUCGGUGCUGCUGGCCUCCAUUUUUUCUCUGGUUUGGGUUAGGAUUGAUCCUUUCUUGCCGAAGCAGAAGGGCCCUAUUUUGAAGCAGUGUGGGGUUGAGUGUUGAUUCAAGUUCAUGAUUAUUGUAGAUGUGGUGUGUAGAUAUAUAAGUAUAGGAUUUAUG